AUUACGAGAAUCUUUUGGCCUUUCCGUCGAUUCGAUGGAUCGAAAAAAAAAAGAAAAUCCAUUGGAAAUCGAAUUUGAGACGUGCGUCGAUCACCUCCGUCGCUCGUUUCCAUGGCGUUUUUUUCGCCUCUUUUAAAGCAUCAGCACGAUUUCGUGACGGAGUAACGUAAGGACGCUCGUACGCUUAUAUACGUUACGAGUUUCUUUAGUGUUCGUCUAGAAGAAAGUUUCGAUUAUCUUCAAGGACUCCUCGAUACUUUGAACGCGAUUCACCAAAUGUCUUGCACGAACCACGCUUCUCACUUGCGUUUCUUCGUCCAAGUAUUGUUUCUUUUCGUUCCAUUCCAGCAAAUACGAAGACAAAACGCAAUAGCAAUAAUGUCUUUGUCGUACGUCGUCGCACGUUUGUUUCAUCGGUCGACGAUCGAAUUAGCGGUGAAUACAUCCGAAGAAAAAAGUUGGGAAAUCGUUGCGAUCGUCAUCGCGAGAAUCAUUCCGAUGCACGACGAAGAGAGCGUAAUACGAUCAAAUCGAGCGUAAACUUACGUUUCCAGAUAAAGCGACAGGUACUCGCAUUAUACGAACAUAAUUACGGGACACACACGCGCGAGCACGCGCGCGCUCUCUCUCUCUCUCUCUCUAUCUCUCGAUAAACGGCGUCUCAUAUUGGACGGGUACGCAAAAUCACGGGCUACUUCGAAAAUAGAAUUUCGAUACUCGGAAUUCCUCUCGAAAGUGACGUCCAUCGCUAUUCCGCGUCAUUGUUUCCCGCUCGGUUUUUCACGCGAAAGGAGAGAAAUGUAAUCAUUUUUGUAUUAUUCCCUUAAACGUCACGCUUGAAUCUCUCCAUGUCUAAGACAAAACAGCAAUUUGUCGGAGUAGCUCGACCGUUAUUCGUUUCUUCUGCGUCGAAUUAGAAAGUGAAGGAAAGCGAUAAUAUUACGAUGGAACACAAAAAUAUUCAGCCGCUCCUUCAAACAGUAGUUGGGUAGGUUUGAACAAGUUAUUCAGCUUGAUAAAGUAUGAUUAUAUGCGUUGAAAGGUCAUAUUAAAAAAGUCGAACGAUUCGAUGAAAAAGAUGUUGCGUGGACGAUAACGAUACGACGGUCGGUAGGAAAUAGAAGGGUCGUUCGCUCGUAAAUCGUUUGGCAUUAGCACUGCGUGCGUGUAAUUUGUACGCAAAUCUCUUAGUCCGUAAGUAUUAUUUUCGUACGUGCGCUUACGUUAGAGCUUCAUCGACAUCGACGACGACGGACGACAGAAAAUUUCAAAAUUGUACAUUUUCUUACGAAAUAUCUUGGAGCAUCGCGUCGUACGUUUUCCGAUAGCGUCGGAUCUCAUAGACUCGCUUGACCUCGAAAGGCCAACGGUCCAUUCACAAGUAUCGAGAGAGCGAGAGAGAGAGAGAGAAAAGUACCACUUGUUUUUCUCGAGGUCUCAUCGUACGAUGCCACGUACAUAGGGACGUACAUACAUAGAUGUAUUACGUCGCAUCGUCGCCGUUGUCGUUGAGGUAUCGCGUGAGGAUAAAAUCGGAUCUGGGAUGGCUGUAAAACGCUAUCGAGUGACUCACAUCGCUCUCGUAUGUAGGAGGAGGGCACCUACGUAUACGUAUUUUUCGUGCGCGUAUCGCCUUCAUUGGGACAAACAAAAUUGUUUUGCUGGUUCGCCUGCGUACCGACAAAAUUUCGCUCGUUUUUUUCUCUUUCUCGUUCUUUUUCCAUUUUAUUCGCGAUGUGUUAUAUUUAACGACUUCGAGAUAAGAUUAUCGCGAUUACCGUACGUGCCCGUGUUAACGCGCGCAUCAAAAUCGAAAGUGAAAAUACUGUUUUCGUUCGAGAGGAUUACUCGUCGCAUUGCGCGAGCUACGCUCGUUAAUUUGGCCCUCUAUCUAUUCGGGUAAAGUACACGAAUCGUAUCUUGUGUAAGCUCGUUCGAUGACCUAGACUUUAUACAGAGAAAGAGAGAAAUAGCCAAAGAUGUUUCGACGAACGAGUCUUCGGGCCAAUGGUUGACGCGCUAUUCGUUUUCUGCCAUAGUUACGCUACGCUCGUGUAAGCUAAUCGAAACGAAUCAAACUCUCCGAGUUCCAUCGUAGUCGUACGACAGAGCACGCGCAAAGCUUUGCUUUCGAGCAGAGAAGAAAGGGAAGAGGAAGUUGAGAUGGAAGCCAAGUGACCAUGGCACGCGCGUAUAACGGACCUUUGGAACAGCGCUCGUAUAAACUGCUGCUGAUAGUUAAACGUGGGAAGCACAGAUCAAGAUGCCGAGAUCGUGGGGAAUUUUUGGCCUCCUGCUGAUUCUGGUCUUUUUCGAGAUCACCGAAUCCGAUCGUUGCCUGACGAAGCUAGAAGAAGUUAAUCCGAAACGGUUGGUCAUCGUCGACAGUCAAACCGUUGGCUUGCGGUUCGAAGUUUCGCGAAAGAUCACUCAGAGAUUGGUCACUCACGUUACCAAGAUCUUUUUGGAGGAGGUACUAGGCUAUACGGAUGUAGAGAUCGUCGAGAAGGACGACGAUUCUUACAUCAAAGAUAUUUACGAAAGAUUGUCCGACCGUUUGGUUUCCGGGGUUAGAAAGUUUCCCGACGCAAUGGUAAAUAUGGAGGUAUGGAUACCGCCGCAGGAAGAUACGAUGCCGUUGUUGAACAAAUACGACGUGAAAGAAUGCGGAGCGGUCGCGCCACCGGGACAUUUUGCCUGGUUCGUACCGGAGAAAUUGUACAGCAUCGAGGAUAGCUGGGUGACGUUUGUCAAUCGGGAAAGCGCAGCACGCUUCGACGUUUCCGAAUCGAAUCUACUUCGGAUCAAGAACUUUACGAUCAAUCCGAUUACGAAUGGGUAUUACUGCGAGACGUCCUUUUGUCAGCACGGUAUGUACGUUCCUCGGCAAUGCCAAACUUCCGACAAGCAGGCCCAACCUUGCGCUCUACUCCUGGCCGGUCACCCUGACGUAACGUCCUUCGUCAAAGAGGAUAUCGACAGCUUAAAUCUUUACGUCAAAGUAGCUUGGGUCGGAUCUCAUCUGAGAGAGCUGACGAAAAGUCUGAUCGAGGAAUACACUAACCAGUCGCUAAAUUCUCCUUCCAACAUCAGGCAAAGGUCGCUGGUCAUCGUUCAUUGGACACCGAGUGUCGUGAUACCCAACGAGAGGGAUUUCGUGAGCCUCAAUUUUCCACGUUGCGGUACGAACAACUCCCAGCUGGGUUGCGCCUACGAGUCGAACAGACUGACUAAAGUCGUCUGGACGGGACUGGAGUCAGCGGCAAAGUUUGCCUUCGAGAGCAUAAAUCGUGUCAAGUUCACGUCGGCGAUGUAUGAAAAUUUGAUCGAUCGAUACAACCUGUACUCGAAGAACGUCGACGAGGCGAAGAUCGCCUGCGGUUGGCUUACGGACAAUAUAAAUUACGCGAUGUACAGGUGGAUGCCGAAUAAUGCCGAUAAAAACACUCUUUAUGUCGGUGGAAUAUUCCCAAUGACCGGCACGUCCUACACUGCCAAAUCUAUCGUGUUCGCUGCCAAAAUGGCGAAAGAUGCGAUAAACGUUAACAAUAGUCUUUUGAGGGACUACAACCUGACGCUAUUGGCGAGCGACGGCCAGUGCAAGUCCGACAUGGUAAUGAAAUCUUUCAUCGAUUACAUCGUCCAUAAUUUUUACGAGAAGCUCGUCGGCGUUCUUGGACCAGCUUGCUCCGAGACCGUCGAACCGCUGGUCGGCGUGUCGAACCAUUACAAGACCGUGAUCAUCAGUUACAGCGCCGAAGGGUCCAGCUUCAAGGAUCGAACUAGAUACCCUCACUUCUUCAGAACGAUCGGUGAAAAUAAACAGUACAAAUACGUCUAUCUGUAUCUUCUUCAGCGGUUGGGAUGGCGUCGAGUCGCGUCGUUGACCGAAGAUGGACAAAAGUAUACGGAAUACAUAUCUUAUAUGCAGGACAUGCUACGCGACAAUGGCAUUACGUUCGUGGCGAAUGCAAAGUUUCCGAGAGAAUGGGAUCCCGAAGUGAUAACGAAGAGCCUUCAAGAUUUGAAGCAGAAACGGGCGAGGAUAAUCAUCGCCGACGUGUACGAUCAAGUCGCGCGACAAGUCAUGUGCGAAGCGUACAAACUGGAAAUGACGGCUGUCCAAGGAUACGUUUGGUUCUUGCCUUUAUGGCUUCGUACACAGUGGUACGAUACCGAUCAAUAUAACGCACAAGGCGAGCAGGUUCCCUGCAGUACGAUUGAGAUGACAAAAGCAAUAAAUGGGCAUCUUGGUCUGUCGCAUGCGUACUUUGCAUCGGACGAUGAUAUCAUGCAGGAAGGUAUAACAGUGCGGCAAUGGCGCGAUCGUUACGAGUCCUUCUGUUAUUUGCGAAAUCAAGUGCCGUCCAAUUACGCUGGGUAUGCCUACGACGCCAUGUGGACCUAUGCCUACGCGAUGGAUGCUCUACUCAAAGAAAAUCAAAGCUACGUAUUUCAGCUUCAUAGCAAUGACACGGUCAAUCGUUUGACCAGCAUCAUCGGUGCUACCGAUUUUAACGGGGUCUCUGGUCGAAUCAAGUUCAUUGGCGGACCGUCCAGAUACUCCAUCAUCAAUGUCGUGCAGAAUAUAGAUAACGAAAUGCACAUCGUUGGAAAUUUCUAUCCAAACAUUUCAGAAAUGGGAAACGAAGUGACAGGCGGAACAUUGGAUCUAAACAUCUCCGCGUUCGUAUGGCUGUCGAAAACUAUGCCCGACGACGGCUCGGAGCCUCCUCCUAAAUGCGUUUUCAGCGGACUCGCUGAACUUUUGGAAGUUUCCUGCGAAGCAGCCAUCGUGAUCGUUAACAUCAUCGGUUUUGGCCUGCUCGGAAUAUUGCUCAUCAUUGGUUUUAUUUUUGUCAAGAGAAAGUACGACGAGAAAGUUCGCCUUCACGAGAGAUAUAUGAAGACCUUGGGUCUUGACUUUUCCAAAUUGGAUACCUCGAGCCUAGACAAAUGGGAGAUACCGCGAAAUAGAGUUGUGAUCAAUAGAAAGAUCGGAGAGGGUGCCUUCGGUACGGUAUACGGUGGCGAAACUUUUUUCCCUGAAAAGGGUUGGCUGGCUGUCGCGGUGAAGACCUUAAAGGUUGGAAGUUCGAUCGACGAAAAAUCAGACUUUUUGAGCGAGUUCGAAGUCAUGAAAAGGUUCGAGCAUAAAAAUAUCAUCAAGCUGCUCGGCGUUUGCUUAAAGUGCGAACCUGUUCUCACGGUUAUGGAAUUCAUGCUGUACGGUGAUUUGAAGACGUAUCUACUCGCGAGAAGACAUUUGGUAAACGAUCAGAGCUACGAGGAUUCGGACGAGAUAUCGAAUAAAAAAUUAACCGCUAUGGCUUUGGACGUUGCCAGAGCUCUGAGUUACUUAGCGCAAUUAAAAUAUGUUCACAGAGACGUGGCUUCUCGUAAUUGCCUGAUAAACGCACAACGAGUCGUUAAGCUCGGCGACUUUGGUAUGACCAGACCGAUGUACGAGAACGAUUAUUAUAGAUUCAAUAGAAAAGCAGGUAUGUUACCCGUACGAUGGAUGGCACCGGAGUCCUUGGGUUUGGGAAUAUUCAGCGCUGCUUCCGACGUAUGGUCGUAUGGCGUUUUGCUCUACGAGAUUAUUACAUUUGGGAGCUUCCCUUUCCAAGGGAUGAGCAAUAACGAGGUUUUGGCUCACGUUAAGGCCGGCAAUUGUCUCGUAGUUCCUAAAGGCGUCAAGUCGCCGCUAGAAAACUUGAUGUACUCUUGCUGGUUCGUCAAUCAAAACGAGAGACCCUCGGCACCGGAGAUCGUCGAGUUUUUGGCGACGAAUCCUCGAAUUUUAUCUCCUUGCCUCGACGUACCUCUCGCGAGCGUACAGCUGGAACAUACCGGGCAAAUGGAGAUGCAUCUGACGAAUAGCGUGAGAAAGUUCUCUUUGCCCUGGUCGCAGCAACAACAACAGUCCACGCAAUCGUCGGAUCCAACGUCGUCGAUUACGACGAGUCCACCUCUACUCGAAAUAAGUUCUCACGAUGACAAUCAAAAUCUGGAGUUCUGUUCGGACAGAAGAGUUUCCAGUCAAGACGGUACAAUUCCUUUGUUAGGUCUCGAAAGAACGGUGAAGGGGCUCGUUGCUUCUCGCCAGAAUUCCAACAAGCAACAGAAAGACACUGUGCACAAGUACGUCAAUCUUCUGCCAGGAAUGGUGACCUCGACGAGGCAACUCAGUAAGAAUGGCAGUGCGAGGAACGUACAAACGGAAGAAAUGGUGUCCAUGGUGCCAACGAAUAACAAGGAUACCGAGGAAGUCUCCAUUCUCUGAUGUGGCCUCUAGUCAAAAGUUUUAGAUAAUGUAUAGAUGUAUAGAGUUUAACCGAUCAGUGGAGGCCGCCGUUGCAUUGUAAAAAGACAUACAAGCGUAUAACGUACGUGGACGAGUUAUAAAGAGGCAGAAUGGAGUUUAGAAUUUAAAUCGACGGUUGCUAGUUCGCGGUAUAUAUCUUUUGUUAGAACUUUUUAAGAGCCAAAGAAUAACAAUUUCGUUACAUUUGUUCUACCGAGAAAGUUUAUGGUAGAGCCAAUUGAUGAUCAAGCUCUGGAUCGCUGCCAGAAUUCUUGGCCAGUUUUACAAGCUACGGCUAUUCCAAAACAAUGUAUACCAAAAUAUUCUUCCUUUUUAAACGUACAAUCUUUGUACUAGAUGUGCGAUCAAUAUUUACGCCGGAUUCCUAGAAAUACGAAGGUGCGACCAGAAGGUCAAACGUUCGACGAAGCCUUAAACCUCGUUGUAGAUUUUUUCGAGUAUAAAUAAAACAAAGUUAGAGAUCUAAAAUAGAUACAAGACGAUAUUCCGUCGCAUUAGUCGGUCGGAAGAUAUAAUAGGAUACUUAAGUGGAUUGCGUAGCUUUCGUUAGCAAUAAGGCGCACGCGUUCGUCGACUGUCGAGACAUUUUAGAAAGAAAGUACUGGCCAAUUUGAUCCUAAAUUGUACAUCGAUUGACUUCCGCUCGAUCUACUUUUGAGACUGAUACAUACAUAGUAAAAUUAAGCCAUGUUUAUUACGAUCUGAUGUUAUCGAUAUAUAGGGACACUGUUUCACCAACGACAAUAUUAAUAUCUACGUAAGAAAUUUUAUAGCGACUUACUCUAAGAGAAAAAGAAACAAAUUUGCAUUUUCUUCCUUUCUCGAAUUAUAGAUAUCUUAUCGUAAAGAGAUUAAUUCUAUAGAGUCAACGUGUUUCCUUACUUUUUCUCCGUUUAUAUAGACGUCUAUAUUUAUUCAUUUUCAUAAUAGUACGAGAAGAGAGACGGUUCGUUUCAAACAGAGCCGGAUAGUAUAAUAUUCCGCAAGACUUUUAAAUUAAAAAAAAAAAAAAAAGAAAGAAAAUGCUAUUAUUUUACGCGCACACAUGCAGAGUAGUAAACCGCUCUCGCUUUAUUUAUUUUUAUAACACUUAUAUAUAGACAAAGUAUCUUUCGAAUAUCAAGAAUGAUAUUAUUUUCAACUUCGAACACUUUCUACAACGUUUCUAUCACUCUAAUUCGACAGCAUAAUAUUGAAAGAUAUUAAAAAUUGAUUAAAACGAAAAAAAAAACAAAAAAAAAAGAAAAAAAGAGAAAAGAAAAACAAAAAGAAAAAAAUGAAAAAACGAAACUAGCAUUAUGGUACAUAAACUAUAGCAUUUGAUAAAAUCUUAUAUAUUGAAAGAGCAAAUGGCAAGAGCCAUGACAUUUCUUAAAAACGUGUUUUAUCUAAACUCGUAACAAUAUCUUUCGUUGCAAUUAUUAUAAAUUUUUACUUAUAUGUAGCGUAGUAUGUAUAUGUAAUUGUAAAUGUAUUAGGUCAUUUUUAAUCACGAUCACUCACGUUAUCAAGCCGACUGCGCGACCUCGAUCGAUCUUUAUCGAUUCUGUUGUCAUUUUAUCCUCGCUGAAUUUCAUUAAUUUAAUAUUCGUUUAAUUGUUAAAUUUGUACGGUAUCGUAAAACUAUUUAUUAAUUUACAAAGAGAAGCUUUCUGAAGAGAUAUAGGAACUAGGUUGUUUCUUCGUUUUAACGGAUAAAGAAAGCUCGAUGAACGGGAAUUCGAUCUGUUAUGUCAAUUUAGGAUAACGUUAAGAGGCGAACAGUGAAAAGCUUGAAAAGUUAUUAGUUAUAAAUGAUGAUUAUAUCGAUACAUAAUGCAAUGUAUUGAUUUUGUUGGCAGAAAUCGCACAGCUGGAAUUUAGAGAAAUAUUUGACAUUCUGAUUUCCCUUCGUCUUUCACGAAAUAAUUUUACCGAUUAAACGGAUCAGAAAUUUUUUGUCUCGCGCGACGUUGAGAAAUCGAUUUCGCGAAAGACGUAGGAAAUGUCGAUUCUUGUUUCUAAUUCAAUUCCAGUCUCUAGCUUUUAGAUAUCUAAACGCGUAAGAUUCGUAUUUUUACUGCAGAGCAUUCCUAGUCUUCUUAUUGGAGGAAAAGCAGUAUAUAAAAAUAAAUGACAAAAAAUUCCAACACCGUGAACGAUAUUACACCUGUCUUCGGUGAUGCUCGAUCUUUCCGGAUCUUUGCGUAUCGCAAUCGUAGACUCCUAUUGUUUACUUAAUUAUAACGAAUAGCGUUAAUGCGUUGGUAUAGUAUCGACCAAAUUUUCUUCCUACUUGUUAGCUUUACGAGGAAACGAUUGACGUUUCAGAAGGUCUAUUUUUCGAGAUUUUUGAUUUUACUCUCACAGACAAUACAUCAUUAUUUAUUCUUACAUUAUGUGCAUGAACAAAAGAGUUUGGCACGCGAGCACCCACGCGCACUCUGUAUAUUAUUAUUUUGUACAUACGAAGCAUGUCCGAUAAUGUUUAUUAUUCCCGAAUUAUAUGUUAAAAGAACGUUCGAUUUAUAAAACAUUUUUUAUCUCA